AUGGAUGAAGCUGAGCUGAUUCGUGUGGUGCAGUUUCCCAAUCUUUACAACAAAAAACACUCCUUGUUCAAAGACAAGAUGGCCAGGGAGAAUUCGUGGAAAACUAUUUCCCGUCUAAUGAACGACCAUCAACAGCACGAAAUGUUUAGUGCUGUUGAUGUUGAGAAACGUUGGACUUCGCUGCAGCAAAAAUACAGCCAACAAAAAAAGGACAUAAGAACAAUGCCUUCGGGAUCAGGUGGAGGUGUAAAAGUUAAACGUAGUGGUAAUUACCAAAAGGCUGGAACAGAUGGCUCACAACAAAAUGUACCAAAAGAUGUGACCCCGUUGGCUGAUCUUUGGGAGCCGUUGCCUGAGCUAUGGGAUAGCUUGGGAACAAUUACCUCAGACAAAGUGGCCACAACUAAAGAGAGUGAGCAAGAGAAAGAAAAUAAUGAAGCCACAGUUGAGGUAGUUACAGUGCCUGUACCAGGGACCUCUAAUGAUGCCAUUCGUCAACAAACCGGUACGCUUCGUCGACAAAUGGCAUCAAAGAGAAAACGCCCGGUGAAUGCUCUCGAGGAAAGUACUAUUAGGUACUUAAAUAACUUAAAUACUUUCCUCGAGAAGCAGUCUGGGAGUCAUGGGAGGGAUGAAACCUUCAAGACUGCAAUAGGCGACCUGAUAGAAGGCAUUCAUUUUAAAAUAGAUAUAGAUGAAGACGCACUUUUUGAGGAGUUUGUUGCCCUUCAAGAUUUUGUUAAAAAUGGGUCUCUAAAUGAAAAUGAAGAUGUAGACCAAAGAUGGUUUUUUAACCAAAGAACCAAUAAAAAGGCUGACAAAGAAAAUUUUAAAGAACACACUUUAGGCUCAAAGAAAGAGCCAUUGAAGUCUCAAAGGCUGGAAAUAAUAACCAUAAAGCUGGACAACACAAAAUCCAAAUUGAAAAAGACAAGCAAAGAGUUGAAUGAAACAAGAAAAAAGUUGAGAGAAGCCAAUACGGAGAUUAAAUUAUAG